AAUAAAUAAAUAAAAAGCGUGACAUGUCAGCAAAACUUGUUUGGGCGGUGAGUUUUGUCUAUGAAAUACAGCUUCAUUCUACUGAUGCCAUUGCAGCUUCUUCUUACUUGUUAUAUCCACACACACACACACACACAGAUGGACUGCGGCUUCAGAUUCCGUCCCACUGAAGAGGAACUGGUGAACUACUACUUGAGGAAGAAGAAACAGGACAAAGAUUUUAAAGUUGACCACAUCAUCCCUGAGAUUGAUAUCUGCAAGUACGAGCCUUGGGAGUUACCUGGGCUGUUCACAGAGCCAGAGUCGCCAUAUCAGGAUAUGUUCUUCUUCAGCCCAAGAGAUUACAAGUACAUCAACAACAGAGCUCGCACCAACAGGGUCACUAAGCGAGGCUUCUGGAAAACCACAGGCAAAGAACGUGUGAUCAAGGGUGCUCGAGGGUCCAAUGGGAGAAAGAAGACCUUGAUCUUCUAUGAAGGUCGUGUCACUCAAUGUAACAGGACCAACUGGGUCAUGCACGAGUAUUAUCUCUGUGAAGAUGAAGCCAUUCCAAAUCCUAAGCUGGCCCAGCAGAGGGAUUUUGUACUGUGUCGCUUGAGUAAAAAAGCAGAUAAGCACGAAACUUCAAUAUGUGCUGUAGCUCAACCUGCAUAUGCUGAAUGGGUUGGGAAUUCGGAGGAAUGUUCUCAGCCAGAAGAACUGGAAUUAGUCUUUCCUGCACAUCAGCUACAGGAUAACAUCUCGGGGGAGAUGGAGUUUGAGAUUUCUAGCAAGAAAUGACCUGCUGCUGGAGCUUACUAUAUGUAUUAGUAUUAAACCUCUCUGCCAUUUUAUUUUCAAUUGUACCCUUGUGUUGUGAGUAUUGUAUUAUACUGUAUUUGGUAUUUCCAUAUUUAGUAUUUUAAUUCUUAAUCUCACUAAUUUAACAUUUA